AUGGCUAUGCAUUUCAAAUCUAUUUCUUUUUGGCAUUCUAAAGAGACAUGCGAGUUUUAUGUCGGCACUGAUGCUGAUAGCUACUUAAUAGAAAGAGCUCACUACUCGGGGGUGAUACUUCCACGAUCCGAAUGGCAGACGAUGUCUUUCGCUGGCCACACCGCCAUUCUCAAAUACAAGAUUCGCGUGCAAUGUGAUUUACACCAUUUCAACGUCACCUGCACAAAGUUUUGCCGCCCAAGAAAUGACACUUUCGGUCAUUACACUUGUGACAGCAACGGCGACAAAGUUUGUUUGAACGGCUGGAUAGGCACCAACUGCGAAACAGAUAAAAGUUCAAAUGAUAUGAUGAUGCGUGAAGGCAAGAGGCUGGAAAUGAAAAUGUUCAUUGUUAAACUGCAAAAAGGAACGUUGAAGACCACCAACGUGAAAAUUUUAAAAAUUGAAGAUGAGCAUUUUACCAGUGGAUGUUAUCGACUUAUACUUCCUCCCCCCUCCUUUACAUUGAUCAUUCUCUUUUUAGUAUUUUUUAGAGGCAUCAACAACGAACAAACAUUGAACGGUUGGGAGGGGGAGUUAUGUGGGCAAUGCAGCAAGCAUCCGGGCUGCAAGCAUGGAACGUGCAGGACCUCACCUUGGGAGUGCCACUGCGAACCGAACUGGGGCGGACCACUUUGCGACAAAGAUUUGAACUACUGCGGACGUCAUUCGCCCUGUUUGAAUGGAGGAUUGUGCAUAAACAAAGCCCCCGAUGACUAUCAGUGCCAGUGUCUUAAUGCAUUUGAAGGCAGAAAUUGUGAAAUAGCAAGGUACCAGGCCUGUUCCAAACGGCCCUGUCAAAACGGAGGGAGUUGCGUUCUCAAGGGGGUCCAGUUACUCUGUCAAUGUACUGAAGGGUGGGCUGGAGAAAUGUGCCAAAUAAACGUAGAUGAGUGUUCCUCCAACCCCUGUCAACACGGAGGUACCUGCAUAGAUGGGGUGGCAGGGUACCAGUGCAUCUGUCCCUCGCAAUGGCAGGGUGGUCGGUGUGAACAUGAUGCUGACGAGUGCAUUAAAUUUCCAUGUCUCAAUGCCAGAUCUUGCCAAAAUAUUGUUGGAGACUACCUCUGCCACUGUAUCGAGGGAUGGACCGGCAGGAAUUGUGACAUCAGUUUGUACGGUUGCAAGAAAGGCUGUCACAACAAUGGGAAAUGCAUGAAAGCUGUCGUCGGGUAUAGUUGCGUCUGCAAAGAAGGCUUCACAGGCAGUCAGUGUGAGAGUGCAAUCUCGAAAUGUUCUAGUCAGCCAUGUCAGAACUCAGGCACGUGCAGGGAUGGUCCAGCGGGAGCGUACAGGUGCAUGUGCCCCGAAGGAUAUUCCGGACCCAACUGCGAGCUUCAGAGAGACCCGUGCGAGCCCAACCCGUGCCAGAACUACUCCCCAUGUCACAGACAGGGCAGCUCCUAUUUGUGUGAAUGUUCUGAUUGUUACACUGGUCCCACCUGUUCCGUCAAGAAAGAAAACUGCGGCCACUCAAACCAUAAAGAUAUUUGUGCGUAUCCAACAUCGUCGUCGUCAUGCGGCAAACACGGAAAUUGUAUAAGAUCAAGUGCUGGAGUUCAGAAAUGCGUCUGCGAUGCUGGCUUUACUGGUCUCCAUUGUCAUGAAAACAUAAAUGAUUGUGCCAACAAUCCGUGCAUGAACAUGGGAACGUGUGUGGACGGCGUCAACAACUUCCAGUGCAUCUGCAGCGACGGGUGGGAAGGACACCUCUGCAAUAUUGACCAAAAUGAUUGCUCACCGAAUCCAUGUCGCAACGGGGGCACCUGCAUCGACAUGCUGGCCGGCUUCAAAUGCCUGUGCAGAGAGGGCUGGAAAGGGAGAACCUGCUCUUCAAAGGUGAGCCACUGUGACAGCCAGACCUGUCUGAUGGGGGGUACAUGUGUGGAGCUGCAUGAUACUUUCAAGUGCUUGUGUCCUAAUAAUCUGCACGGCGACAUCUGCCAAUCAGUUAUAAACACGAGCUGUCGUACGAACCCGUGCCAAAAUGGUGCAACGUGCGUGAACACGGGGGACACGUUCACCUGUCUGUGCGUCGAAGGUUUCACAGGAACUUCUUGCGAGAUCAACGUCAACGACUGCAAUCCUUACCCCUGUUACAACAACGGACAGUGCGUGGAUGGCGUUAAUUGGUACCAGUGCAGAUGCCUCGAUGGCUUCACAGGACAUGACUGUAAAACCGUGGUAGGAAAUUUGAGCCUAGCGAGCAAGUCCUGUCUGUUCCAGAGCAGUAUGUACGCCCACAACUUCCGCUGGACCUCCGACUGCAACUCCUGCGUCUGUUACGAUGGCCUCGUUCAAUGCACAAAUAUAUGGUGUGGACCGAGCUCGUGUCAUUUGAACCACCCAACAUCUCCCCACUCCAACUCUUCCUCCCAACUUGCUUGUGGUCCCGAUGAAAUAUGCGUCGUCCAAUCAGAAUCCAGGUGCUUCACACCACCCUGCUCCCUGAUUGGCGAGUGUCGUCACAUGAUAAACAUCGGCCAAUCAAAAAUCAUUUCAUCUUCAGACGAGAACAUCAUAAACAUGAAGUGCAGACCCAACCUGCUGGUGACGUCACGAGCUUGCGUCAGGAUGAUGCUCACCUUCGACAGGAAGCACGCUCCACAGGGAGUAACGGUGGAUGAUGUGUGUCGGAUCAUUCGCAACAUAUCAGCUCUGAAUGGGAUGACGACCGGGGAAACGCUAGUCAUUUUAUGUGACGUUCAACUGGACGACGCUGACACCAUUGAAUCACUUUUAGAGCCACACAACCUGUCGGAAGAUGACGUGAUGAAAUACUCCCACCAAAUGGCGAAUGAUAUUGAAGAGGUCAUCAAAAGAAAGGAAUCAAAUUGGACCUUGUUUUCGUCAGUUGUGAGGGUCAGACUGGAAGAUUUCACCACUAACGAAGGAAACAGUUUGGAUUUGCCAGUCUACCUCAUACCUCUCGUCACAGCCAUCAUCGUCCUCGCUGGCAUCAUCGCCAUCAUCCUCCUCGUCUUCUGGCACAGAAAGUUCGUGAGGAGAUGUCGACAGAAGAAGGAGCAGACGGAUGCCCUGAUGAAGUUGGACGCACCACCCAACAAUGAUUGCCAGUUGAAUAAGCUCAACAACCUCAACAACAACAAUAAUAAUAACAACAACAACAACAUUAAUAAUAACAACAACAAUAAUAAUAACAACAACAAUAACAACAGUUACAAAAGUUGUUCCAACUCCCAACGAGAGCUACAGCCACUGAAUCGACAUCACAACCAAAUCCACAGCAACGCCGACAACGACGAUGCCAUUCGGAACAACAAAGUCAAUUGGGACAAGGCCUUGAAGUCGAAGAAGAAUGUUGACAAGAAGCAGAACAACUUGCCAAGCGCCGGUCCGUGCGACAUGAAGAUGGAGACAUACGAUGACAGUCCCGCCCAACGACCACAUAAAAUUAAACAAAUCAACGUAAAACUCAACAAAGACAACGUCAUCAAAAACAUUAACACGUCAUCGUCAUCUUCAUCCUCCAAAUCGUCAUCGUCAUCUUCGAUGCACGAGAAUAACACCGCCGCGUUAGAAUUUAAGCCCAGUAACAACAAAAAAUUCAACUGUGAGAGAGAUUCCUAUGCUGAAGAUUGCAGUGAAGAUACGAAACUGAAGAACAGGAUUUUGCUGUCUGACCCCAACAAAGAUAUCAACACUGAUGUCAAGUUUUCUCCCAAUUACGACGUCAUACUGUGAAUCACUUUUUCAAGUUUCAAUUCGAAGUUUCGUUUUUAUACUUAAUCAAUAAAACUGGAUUUAAUUUAUUUAAUCGUAUAAUUAUUACAUGGUUGUAUUUGUCAGUAGAUUAGAUGAAUUUUUAAACGUUUGUGUGUGUGUGUGCGUGCGUGCGUGUGGAUCUAUAGUUGUUUUCAAAUUCAUUUAAUCAUUAAUUGUUCAAGUAUUUCAAGGCAUGUACAAUAUAAACAAUCAAACAGUUCUUUUGUCUUUCUAUAUGUAUACAUAUACACAUAUAUUAUAUUUAUGUUAUAUAUGUUAUGUAUAUAACAUAAGUUAGUAUGUAUUUAUGCAUACUGUUUUAAUUUCUAAAUAUAAUACGUUAAAUGAGAUAGUUCGAUUCUCAUUGAGUAUGAAUUUAGAUAGACAUUGUCGUGAUUGAGUUAUAUUACGGUUUUUGUUUAUUCUUUUUUAAAUUAAUAUUGCUGUAUUUAAGUUAAAAGCCAGUAAGAACAUGAUGGUUUAAGUGGAGAAGUGAACGUAAUCUGUGCUAAACUAUAUUGAAUUAUCAUUACACUACACACAUCACUUCAUAUCACACCAUAUUAAUUAAACAACGUCACAUCAUAUCAAAAAACAUCAUAAUUCUUUGAAUUGCAUUACAUUACAGAUGUUUAAAUGCACAUUUCUUAAUAGACAUACCUUGUUAAGUAUGUUGUUAAAAUGGGAAAUGCAAAUGUUCCAAUUUGAGAGUCGCUUGCUUUCAGGUCUGAGAAUAUAAAAUCUUUUUUUUAUUAUUUUUAUUAUUUUUUGUUAUCAAAUUUUUAUUUUUAAUUGGCUCAAUCUUUUAAAGAUUGGUAGACGUGUGGUCAAUAA